UCCUCUUUACUUCAGUGCUAAGCGAUGUAGGCGAGUGGGCGAUCAUUUCGCGGUCUGCAAAUCUACCAUCCAUGGCUUCUCCCAUCUUUUACCUCUCUCUCCUUCUUCUCUUUCACCUAAACCCAGCCCAUCAAGCGGUAGUUGCAGCAGGUGGGGAACUCGUCUACGAAGACGGCUACACAGUCAGCACAGUCCUUGACGGCGACAAGUCUAACCUCAAAGUCAACCCUCACUCCCUCCUACAUCAAUCUACGCCCUCCGAUCUCUUCGUACUUCUUGACUCCGCUGCCAGCACUUUCUACACUGUAUCACUGCCCACGACCUCCAAUAAGACGGAGAUGCAGAGGCUGGUGGGAAAUGGCGAGCAUAGUUAUACGGAUGGUGAGUUGGGUUUGGCAAGGUUCAAUAAGCCCAGGAGUUUUGCGGUGGAUUUCAGUGGUAAUGUUUAUGUUGCGGACCAGCGUAACCAUGCAAUCAGGAAGAUCACCAAGUCACGUGUGUCCACUAUUGCUGGAGGUUAUUCACAAAAAGCUGGUCGUACGGAUGGACCUGGAAAGGAUGCAUCAUUUUCGGAUGAUUUUGAGCUGACCUUCAUUGCCCAAAGAUGUGCUUUAAUGAUCUCUGACCAUGGUAACAGAUUAGUCCGUCAAAUAAAUUUGAAAACAGCAGAUUGCACAAGGCAUUCUGGGUCUGUUCUGGGAAGCACCUCGGCUUGGCUUCUUGGUCUCGGACUUUCUUGCUUAUUUGGCCUAAUUGUUGGUUUUGUGAUUCACCCAUAUGUUAUCCCAUAUGAAGGGCUCGCACCUCAUCAUCCCACCUGGACAUGGACACCUUGCCUAAUGAGUCUGGAGAGACAAAUAGUGAUGCUCUGCUCCGACAUCAGAAACGCAGUUGUUAAAUCAACCGCGUACUUGCUUUUCCAUCAGAUCAUUUUGUUGGUCCUCUCUUAUUUAUCUCUCAUGGUUAGACCUAUGUUGAUGGAAUCUCGUAGGACCUGUGAAAAAUCAGUAUCUUUAUUAGACCUUGAUGAAGUAAGCAGCAGCAGUAGUAGUAAUGUAAUCAUGUCGUCGGAGGCAGAUGAUCAAUUAAAAGAUUUACUGACUUUUGAUGGAGGGGUGUUUUCACUUGUAAAUGCUAACGAACUAGUCGAGCAGGAGGAGGAAAAAGAAACCACUGAUGUUUCCUCAGGCAAGCCCGAAAAGAUAGACAAAAUGAUAUUAGCAAAUCUCAUGAAUUUCGAAGAGGAAGCGACUAGAGUUUUUUCACCGCGGUCGACACAGCCCGGCUUGGGCUUAGUCAAGCGGAGAUGAAAAAAGAUGUCAGCAUUUUUAUUUCCUGCUGCAUAUUCGUGUAAGUAUUUAUCUUGUUUGUAAUGAAUAGAAUUGAUGGUUUCUAAUGUAUCUCUAUGCAGCUUGCUUCGUCCUUGA